UGUAGUGUUGUUUCAAGAAAUUGUUUUAAAUCUCAAAUAAUCUCUCUUUCCUUAUGAUUUUACGGAUUAAAUUACAAUUAUUAAAUUGUAGAUUUCAUAAUUCUACUGUACCAAAUAAAUAUUUUUAUUACAUACUUAGUCAAAAAUAAAUAAACCUACUCAUUAUAUUUACAGCAGAGUGCCAGCUUUAUUCUCAACAUGCCGCGUGAAAUCAAAGACAUCAAGGACUUCUUGCUAAAGGCGAGACGACCCGACGCUAAAUCGGUGAAAAUAAAGAAGAACACAGAGAAUGUAAAGUUCAAGGUGCGAUGCUCGCGGUUCCUGUACACACUGGUCAUCACUGACAAGGAGAAGGCCGAGAAGCUUAAGCAGAGCUUGCCUCCCGGUCUUCAAGUUAAGGAAGUUAAGUAAAGUGACUAGGAUUAAGUAAUAAAAAAAUACAAAAUA